AUGCUGUGUGUAUGUGUGUUUGACCCUUUCUCUUUUCUUUGUGUCUCUUGUUCAGAGUGCAGGGGAAAGUGGGAGGGACCAAACGGCGGCAUCACUAACUUUGAUAACUUCUUCUUUGCCAUGUUAACUGUGUUCCAGUGCAUCACAAUGGAGGGCUGGACAGACGUCUUGUACUGGAUGAAUGAUGCAAUUGGUUUUGAGCUGCCGUGGGUUUACUUUGUCAGUCUGGUCAUCUUUGGAUCCUUCUUUGUCCUCAACCUUGUGUUGGGUGUGUUGAGCGGAGAAUUCUCUAAGGAGAGAGAGAAGGCGAAAGCUCGCGGUGAUUUCCAGAAGCUUCGUGAGAAACAGCAGAUGGAGGAGGAUCUGUGUGGAUAUAUGGACUGGAUCACUCAGGCUGAGGACAUUGAUGAGUUUGAUGAGGAUGGGAACAGACUACAUUUCUAUUGUCGUGCCCUGCGCCGCUGGAACCGUUACAUCCGUAGAAACUGUCGUACAGCAGUGAAAUCUGUGACAUUCUAUUGGUUGGUCCUGAUCCUGGUCUUCCUCAACACGGCUCUCAGUGCCUCAGAACAUUAUAACCAACCAGACUGGCUCACAGACGUUCAGGAUAUUGCCAAUAAGGUUCUUCUCUCGUUGUUCACAGUGGAGAUGUUGUUGAAAAUGUACAGUCUGGGGUUGCAGGCAUAUUUUGUGGCAUUUUUCAACCGUUUUGAUUGUUUUGUCGUGUGCGGUGGGAUUCUGGAGACAGUUCUAGUGGAGAUGGAGAUCAUGCCACCUCUAGGCAUCUCAGUGUUGCGCUGCGUCCGCCUGCUUCGGAUCUUCAAAGUCACACGCCAUUGGACGGCUUUGUCCAAUCUGGUGGCCUCGCUACUGAAUUCAAUGAAGUCCAUUGCCUCCCUGCUGCUGUUGCUCUUCCUCUUCCUCAUCAUCUUUGCUCUGCUUGGCAUGCAGUUAUUUGGAGGGAAGUUCAACUUUGACGAGACGCAAACCAAGAGAAGUACCUUUGAUUCCUUUCCUCAGGCCCUGCUCACCUGCUUUCAGAUAUUAACAGGUGAAGACUGGAAUGUAGUAAUGUAUGAUGGUAUCAUGGCAUACGGCGGCCCGGUUUUCCCUGGAAUGAUCGUCUGUCUUUAUUUUGUGAUUUUGUUCAUUUGUGGUAAUUAUAUCCUGCUGAACGUCUUCUUGGCCAUUGCUGUCGACAACUUAGCAGGAGGCGAUGGAGACAAUAAGAAAAAUGAAGAAAAAAAAGAGGGACCGGGUGAAGGUGAAAGUGAAAGAGAGAACAAAGAGGUGAAGGUGGACAUGGAUGAUGAGUAUGAGGAAGAGGAGGAGCCUGAAGAGGGAGAUGAUGGAGAAGAAGGGAUAACUCAGCUCAAUGUUGCUGACUUCGCUCCUCCUAAAGAGAAAGUUCUACCAAUCCCAGAGGGCAGCGCAUUCUUCUGCCUCAGCAAGACCAACCCAAUAAGAGUGGGCUGCCAUACCGUGAUCCAUCACCACAUCUUCACUAAUCUCAUCCUGGUCUUCAUCAUUCUCAGCAGCAUUUCUCUGGCUGCGGAGGACCCUAUCAGAGCUCACUCCUUCAGGAACAAUGUGUUGGGUUAUGCUGAUUAUGCUUUCACUUCUAUAUUCACUGUGGAGAUCUUACUGAAGAUGACAGUGCAUGGCGCAUUCCUCCAUCAGGGUUCCUUUUGUAGAAACUGGUUUAAUUUGUUGGAUCUUUUGGUGGUCACUGUGUCUCUGGUCUCCUUCUUCUUACAUUCGAGUGCCAUCUCUGUAGUGAAGAUCCUAAGGGUGCUCAGAGUUCUGAGGCCUCUUCGAGCGAUCAACAGAGCCAAAGGACUUAAGCAUGUGGUACAGUGUGUGUUUGUGGCUAUAAGGACUAUCGGGAACAUCAUGAUCGUCACCACUCUACUUCAGUUCAUGUUUGCGUGCAUCGGUGUUCAGCUUUUCAAGGGAAAAUUUUAUCGUUGCACAGAUGAAGCUAAAAACACUCCAGAACAGUGCAAGGGCACAUUUGUGGUGUAUAAAGAUGGAGAUGUGAGUCAUCCAAUGGUGAGAGAGAGGAUCUGGAUCAACAGUGAAUUCAACUUCGAUAAUGUACUGAUGGGAAUGAUGGCCCUGUUUACAGUCUCCACUUUUGAGGGUUGGCCAGCGCUGCUCUACAAAGCCAUUGAUGCCAAUGCAGAAAAUCACGGCCCCAUUUACAACUACCGUGUGGAGAUCUCUAUAUUCUUCAUCGUCUACAUCAUCAUCAUCGCCUUCUUCAUGAUGAACAUCUUCGUGGGUUUUGUCAUCAUCACUUUUCGUGAGCAAGGAGAGGCUGAGUUCAAGAACUGUGAGCUGGACAAAAAUCAGAGACAGUGUGUGGAAUACGCCCUAAAGGCCCAGCCGCUGAAGCUGUACAUCCCCAAAAACCCAGUGCAGUACAAGUUCUGGUCUAUAAUCAACUCCACAGGGUUUGAGUACAUCAUGUUUGUGCUGAUUCUCCUCAACACUGUUACUCUCGCUGUGCAGCACUAUGACCAGUCAAAAUUUUUUAGUUAUGUGAUGGACAUCCUCAAUAUGGUUUUCACCGGCCUUUUCACUGUGGAGAUGAUUAUUAAACUGAUGGCUCUCAGACUCAGGCAUUACUUUAUCGACGCAUGGAAUUCCUUUGAUGCUCUGAUUGUGGUGGGAAGUGUGGUGGACAUUGUGGUUACAGAGUUCAGUAGCUCAGAGGACAGCUCUCGUGUGUCCAUUACUUUCUUCCGCCUGUUUCGUGUAAUGCGAUUGGUUAAGCUGCUCAGCAAGGGAGAGGGCAUUCGUACCCUGCUCUGGACUUUUGUGAAAUCACUCCAGGCCCUGCCGUAUGUUGCUCUUCUGAUCGCUAUGAUCUUCUUCAUCUAUGCUGUAAUUGGAAUGCAGACCUUCGGAAAGAUCGCCAUGCAUGACCACACACAAAUUAACAGGAACAACAAUUUUCAGACUUUUCCGCAGGCUGUGCUGCUUCUUUUCAGGUGUGCAACAGGUGAAGCGUGGCAGGAGAUCAUGUUGGCCAGUCUUCCAGGAAAGCGCUGUGACCCAGAGUCAGACUUUGAACCCGGGGAAGAAUUCUCCUGCGGCAGCAACAUUGCCAUUGUCUACUUUAUCAGUUUCUUUAUGCUCUGUGCCUUCUUGAUUAUUAAUCUGUUUGUUGCUGUCAUUAUGGACAAUUUUGACUAUCUGACCCGUGAUUGGUCAAUUCUCGGGCCACAUCACCUGGAUGAGUUUAAAAGAAUCUGGUCAGAGUAUGACCCUGAAGCCAAGGGUCGUAUAAAACAUUUGGAUGUAGUGGCUUUGCUCAGGAGAAUCCAGCCGCCACUUGGAUUUGGAAAGCUCUGCCCUCACCGUGUGGCCUGCAAGAGGCUGGUUGCCAUGAAUAUGCCCCUGAACAGUGAUGGUACGGUGACCUUCAAUGCCACCCUGUUUGCCCUGGUCAGAACUGCUCUGAAAAUUAAAACUGAGGGGAACCCUGAUCAAGAGAACGAAGAUUUGAGAAUCAUCAUUAAGAAGAUUUGGAAGAGAACAAAACCCAAAAUAUUGGAUGAGGUUAUUCCACCCCCUGCUGAGGAGGAAGUGACUGUGGGUAAAUUCUAUGCCACAUUCUUGAUCCAGGACUAUUUCAGGAAGUUCCGGAAAAGGAAAGAGAUAGUGGGUCUGGGAGAUUCAGAGAAUGGUAACCCUUUAGCUCUACAGGCGGGGCUGCGAACUCUGCAGGACCUGGGGCCAGAAAUGAGACUGGCCAUGAACGAAGAUCUGGAGGAGGAAGAGGAGGGCCUGGAGGAGGAGCAAGUGGAAGAUGAUCCAUGUUAUAAGAACGAAAAUGGCUAUGCAGGCCACACUGAGCCCUCAAGCAAAAGCCGGCGCUCCUCUUUGGCCACUACUCCCAGCGGUGCUCCGGUUCCUGUCUCAGGAGAUGGCAUCCUAAAUGGGGGACUGGGACGUAGGAGCUCCUUAGCAAAAACACCAAAUGGGAAUGGCACUCUGGAGCACGAGAACUUCAGAAGAAGAGACAGCAUGCGUUCCUCCUUUCAUUACCAACACAAGAAUGGCGUGACUGACCAGCUGCCCAGGAGACCAUCAUAUUACAAAUACCCAAGGAGAGACUCCAGGGACAGAUUCUCUUCUCCACUAUCUCGGAGAGAGGAAGAUGGUGAGUACCCUGGAGAGCAGCGCUUCUAUGGAAAAGAUGAGGACAGCGAGAGCGUCAUCUCUAGAGAAAGGCACAGUUAUCCAGAGGACAGCACAAUGUACCCGGUACAUAGAGACAUGUGUGAUGGACACUCUAUGAGGCACCCUGUCUACGGUAAACAUUAUGGAAACAGUUAUGGUGAAGGCAGGAGGACGGCACGGAGACGCCUGCUGCCAGCAACACCUACUGGGAGAAAGGCUUCAUUUAACAUACAGUGUUUAAGAAGGCAAGGUAGCAACGAUGAUCUGCCCAUCCCAGGAACAUACCAUCAGAACUCCCCACCCUGCAGAGUGCGUUCACAGGGAUACGGCAGCUACGAUUCUCGUCAAAGCAGCGCUAGAUCAUCCACGGGUUCAACAGCCAGUCAUUAUUCAACAGCAUCCUGGGCAAACACCGGCCCUCGACGGGGUCGUCUCCUCUAUGCUCCCCUCAUCCUGGUAGAGGAGGAGGAGGGAGCAGGAGGGGCAUCUGUGGGCAUCUGGGACAAACAGGCCAGUGCCGUCGGAGUGCCUGCGUCGGUUCGGCAUCCCAGUUCGGGAUGGUACUCGGGACCCUCUACGGGUGGAGGAGGGCAGCCGUAUAGAGCCUACACUACCCUCAGAGUCCCCACCCAACUCAGUCCUCAAUACAGCGAGAAGAGAGGCAGCGCUGACAGUCUGGUGGAAGCGGUCUUGAUCUCUGAGGGUUUGGGGUUGUAUGCCAAGGACCCAAAAUUUGUAGCCUUUGCCAAGCGUGAGAUUGCAGAUGCCUGUCACAUGACCAUAGAUGAGAUGGAAAGUGCUGCAAGUGAUCUCUUGAGUCGUGUGGGCCCUGGGGAGAGCCAAGGCUUCUCAGCCAUAUACAGUGAUGAGGAGCCGAUAAGGAGCCACGAGGAAGAGGAAUUGGCUGAUGAGAUGACUUGUGUUACAUCUUUUUGAAUAACAGAAAAAGAGCCAAUCAGGUCAUCAGUAGGUGGAGCAACAGAAUCCUGACUGAACAAUCAUGCUGUUCUGAGUCACAGAAAGACUCUGGUGAGAAAAAGGUUUUGCUCUGAAAUAUUGUUACCAGUUCAUGCUCAAUCUGUGAAAGAGACCAGCUCCAAUUUACCCUGUCAACAUGGCAGUUUUAAAUUCUUUAAAUUCAGAUCUCUGAAAGGACUUGUUUUAUAAACAGCUUAUCAUGUUGAACAUGUUUUAUAUAUGUAAAUGUGUUUUUACUCCAUCAUUCAUGUCUAUGGUUGUCUAUUUAUUUUUAAACGUCAUUUACAGAUGGAUUCU